AUCAACCAAACCUAACUUCAUUUUUAUUAUUCUUCUCACAACUCAAAGGAUUUAAACAAAAAAAACAAAACAAAAAAGAAACAGGUUUUCUUGGAUUUUUGAAUUUUGAUUUGUUCGUUUAAUCAAAGAUGUUAGAGCAAUUACUGAUAUUUACAAGGGGAGGAUUGAUCCUCUGGACGUGCAAAGAACUCGGCAACGCUCUGAAGGGAUCGCCGAUCGAUACGUUGAUCCGAUCGUGUCUUCUGGAGGAGCGAUCUGGUGCGGCGUCGUACAACUACGAUGCACCAGGUGCUGCAUACUCCCUCAAAUGGACCUUCCACAACGACCUUGGCCUCGUCUUCGUCGCCGUCUAUCAACGGAUCCUUCACCUCUUGUACGUCGACGAUCUCCUCGCCGCCGUCAAGCGCGAGUUCUCGCAGGUUUACGAUCCCAAAAGAACCGUUUACCGAGAUUUUGACGAGACUUUCAGACAGCUGAAAAUCGAAGCCGAGGCUCGCGCGGAGGAUUUCAAAAAAUCGAAUCCUGUGGCUGUGCGUGGCAACGGGAAGCAGCGAGGGACUGUGCAGGGGCAGGGGAACAAGGCUGGAUCGGAAACGAAGAAGAGUGAUGGUGCUUUGAAAAAUGAUGGUGAUGGCGAAAAAGGACGUAAAUUAGAGAACGGCAAUUUUGUUGUUGCUAACGAUACUAACUUGAAUAGUUGUAAUAAUAGUGUGAAUGGUAAAGAGAAUGAGAGUUCCAAUAUUGGGGCUUUUGAUGUAAAUAGGCUUCAGAAGCUUAGGACAAAAGGUGGGAAUGGAAAGAAGACAGGUACUACUGUUGUUGCCAAUGCCAAUGCCAAUGCCAAGGUAGAGCCCAAAAAGGUGACGAAGAAAAACAGGGUUUGGGAUGAUUCGCCUCCUGAGGCCAAACUGGACUUUACGGAUCAUGUGGAUGUGGGUGAGGAUGGGGACAGAAACAUUGAUUUUUUGGCGAAGGAACAAGGGGACAGUAUGAUGGAUAAAGAAGAGAUUGUUAGCAGUGACAGUGAGGCUGAAGAGGAUGAUGAUAACACCGGGAAGAACAGCAAGCCUGAUGCUAAAAAAAAGGGGUGGUUUUCCUCUAUGUUCCAGAGUAUUGCAGGGAAGGCCAAUUUGGAGAAGUCAGACUUAGAACCAGCUUUGAAAGCUUUGAAGGAUAGGCUCAUGACGAAGAAUGUGGCUGAGGAAAUAGCUGAGAAACUAUGUGAAUCAGUUGCAGCAAGUCUUGAAGGCAAAAAGCUAGCUUCAUUUACAAGGAUAUCUUCAACAGUGCAUGCGGCAAUGGAAGAAGCACUUGUUCGUAUUCUAACUCCUAGGCGUUCUAUUGACAUAUUGAGGGAUGUGCAUGCUGCCAAGGAGCAAAGGAAACCAUAUGUUGUUGUAUUUGUUGGAGUUAAUGGAGUUGGAAAAUCCACUAAUCUUGCUAAGGUUGCUUACUGGCUUCUGCAACACAAUGUUAGUGUCAUGAUGGGUGCUUGUGAUACAUUUCGAUCGGGAGCUGUUGAGCAGCUGCGGACCCAUGCACGUAGACUUCAGAUCCCUAUAUUUGAGAAGGGCUAUGAGAAAGAUCCUGCCGUUGUGGCAAAAGAAGCAAUUCAGGAAGCUUCACGCAAUGGUUCAGAUGUAGUUCUAGUUGAUACAGCUGGUCGUAUGCAGGAUAAUGAACCAUUGAUGAGAGCACUGUCAAAGCUCGUCAACCUUAACAACCCCGACCUGGUCUUAUUUGUUGGAGAAGCACUGGUUGGUAAUGAUGCAGUUGAUCAGCUUUCGAAGUUCAAUCAGAAAUUAGCUGACCUCUCAACAUCUCCUACACCCAGAUUGAUAGAUGGGAUCUUGCUCACUAAAUUUGACACUAUUGAUGAUAAGGUGGGAGCUGCACUUUCAAUGGUUUACAUAUCUGGAGCUCCAGUCAUGUUUGUUGGCUGCGGACAGUCUUAUACUGACCUCAAGAAACUCAACGUGAAGUCAAUUGUGAAGACUCUCCUUAAAUGAGGAAACAAACUAUAUUAUUUUCGCUUGUGAUGUUGUUCACCGAUGACCUGUCAUGAAUGUUUCUGUUUGAUGAUUCCCCCGUCGAUCCCAUUACUUUGUAAGCAAAACUAAUGUGGCUAUGACUUUGGAGGCAGUUUGGUUUGUUUAUAUUGAAAAGCUUCUUUCCUCUA